GCUCCGGGCGGCAGCGGCGGCCGCAGCAGCAGCAGCGUCAGCGGCCCCGGCGGUGCGAUGGCGGGCAGAGCCCUGCCGCUCCUCCUCUGCCGCCGCCCCGCCUGCUUCCCGCCGCUGGCCCGGCGCCGCCAGCACCAGCACCGGACGGUGCACCAGAGGCUUUCUCCUUGGCAGAGCGUGAGGGUGGUCUAUUGCAGUACAGUAGUGCCCUCUGAUGAAGUGACAGUGGUUUACCACAAUGGGUUACCUGUGAUUUCUGUGAGCCUUCCAUCCCGGCGUGAACGUUGCCAGUUCACACUUAAGCCCAUCUCAGACUCUGUUGGUGUGUUCUUACAACAGCUGCGAGCAGAGGACCGAGGCAUCGAUCGGGUGGCAAUCUACUCAGCAGAUGGCACACGUGUCGCCUCCUCCACAGGCAUAGAUUUGCUCCUGCUGGAUGACUUCAAACUGAGCAUUAAUGAUGUCACAUACCAUGUUAGACCACCAAAGAGAGAGCUCUUAAGCCAUGAAAAUGCAACGACGCUGAAUGAUGUCAAGACAUUGGUUCAGCAGUUGUAUACUGCCCUGUGCAUUGAGGAGCACCAGCUGAACAAAGAGAAGGAGCUGAUAGGGAGACUAGAGGAGCUGAAGGAGCAGCUAGCACCACUAGAAAAAGUAAGGAUGGAGCUCAGCAGGAAAGCAGAGAAAAGGACAACCUUGGUGUUGUGGGGAGGCUUGGCCUACAUGGCCACUCAGUUUGGGAUUCUGGCCCGCCUGACCUGGUGGGAAUACUCUUGGGACAUUAUGGAACCAGUCACCUAUUUCAUCACCUAUGGUAGUGCCAUGGCCAUGUAUGCUUAUUUCGUAAUGACUCGCCAGGAAUAUGUUUAUCCAGAUGCCAGAGACAGACAGUACUUAUUAUUUUUCCAUAAAGGAGCCAAAAAGACACGAUUUGAUCUAGAGAAAUACAAUCAACUCAAGGAUGCAAUUGCUCAGGCAGAAUUGGACCUUAAGAGGCUUCGAGACCCACUGCAGGUUCACCUGCCCAUCCAGCAAAUUGAUGAGAAGGACUGAUCAGCAAAGAAGCUCUGAACCCCGGCAACAAACCUGUUCAUAGCUCUUGCCUUUUUAAUUAAAGCAUUGCAGGUGGAAGCUGGGAGGUGGUGUGGGGGUGGAGGGUUUUUACCUUUAAUCAAGACAAAAGGACUGGAGGGGGGGGGAUCUCUUAAAUCUGAAGAUGGGACAUUGUGGAUUGUUAGUUCUGAAAAGGGCUUAGCCUAAACGGUCGUAUUUAAAGAUGAAUGGCAACUGUGUACAAAUACAGGAUUGGGGGGGGUUAAGGAAGAGAAUUGUAAUGCUGGGAUGUAGGGGUUGUCUUCUUCCAGCUUUGCAGGGUCUGCCUCUUGAUAAGACACCAGCAGCCUGCUCAGCUUUUUAAAUUUUCCUUUACCUGAUUCAGAUUUCUCUUUUUCUCUCUCAAAACGAAACGCGAGAGGGGGGGGGAAAAAAACCCACCACAAAAACAGAACAAAGAAUCCAAGCCACCUGGAGCUAUGCCUGGUGACCAGAACCUGUGCUCCACGGCCACUAACACGCACACUUCUGAUCAGACCUGGUCUCUUUUAUAAAGUUCCUACAAGACUGCUUUCUACUGGAAAACCGUGAGCUUCCCCUUCCCAGCCCACCCCGUGUGCUCCACUGACUUCCUCCUUUGCUUAUUUGUAGCACAGAUGGGUUGUAGCCCAGUGAGAGAAGGAAUGAGUUGUCUUCUGGACAUCUGAUAAUUGAUCUUUUGGAUUAUUCCAUAAUAACUAUAUAAACUCUGCGUCCCAAUGCCCUUGAGCUCCUUCUAGAAAUCAAUGGCAGCAUUGCAUGAGAAGUUUUUUAAUAUUCAGUCUUAAGAGAGGGAGAUUCCCCUCUUCCUACCCCAAGUCUGAUAGCCACCUGGACUAUGAAAUUAUGAAGGCUUCAAGGAUUUUGAAACUGUUGCAGAAUCAUGUUUUCCUGCUUUUAAAUGAACAGUUUUGGAACAAGGAGUAAUUAAAUGUGAUCGUUGGCUGCUUGUGUCACGAGAUGAAAGGUCUCAGAUAUGGUCAAAGCAUUUUCUUUGCCCAGAGGCUUUAUGAAAGCCUGAGGCUCUCACAGUGCAAGACACAGAACUACUUCAGUUCUCCAGCACUUACUUACCCCCUACUUAAGUAGCUUUAAGUGAACUUUGUGCCCACAGGUCAGAAUUUCUUGGGAGUGGCUAAUGACAUCUUUUAAUCUUAGCUAAAAGAAAUAGAGGAAGGAAAGUCAACCCAUUGCCCUCUCUUCUAGCCGAGGCUGGCUGAUUUCUAAGCAGAUAAAACAUCUCUUCAUGCAGAGCAGGUCAGUCUGUUUUAGCAUCCUGCUGAUAAAUACUGUGGAGACAGGAUGAAGGUGGGAGAAGGGCACAGCUUUAUAUAUGGAAAAUCUGGCUGCUUUUUUCAUGUUUCACUACUGCUCCUGUGUCAUGGAAAGAGGCUUCUCUUUUUUUUUUCCUUUGGAGAACCAUGUUUUAAAAAAAUAGGAAAGAAAUAAAACAAAUCAGUGUUAACUAGAUGCCAGGUGCCUUGCAGAUGUGGAAACACAGCUGGAAUUGCUGCCUCUUCUCACUCAAUGGCAUGUUGGACCGACUGGGUGCAUGUUUCUAGGUUGUUUUUUUUCCCUUCCCCUUUUCCUCUGUCUUUCAAUUACCUUGUGUGAUUUUUUUUUUUAAAUCUGUUUUAUCCUGUUUGUGUGGUGAGUUUUAAAGGGAAAAAAAAUGAACACGAUCCUGUAGCUGAAUCCUUGGUGUGUGUUUGGGAUGAGGGAGGGAGCAUGGAGAAAAGUCCUUCUUUAAAAAAAAAACAAACAAAACCAAACACAAAAAAAAACCCUGAACAUGUGUAAAAUCCUGUAUCAUUUAUGAAAUAUGUAUAAAAGAGCAAUGUACUUCUGGAACAAUAAAUAACUAUUCAAUUUUUGAA